CUCAUUGUAAAUCGCCGCUUUACUUCGUCUCUCGGCCAUCUUUCGUUCUGUCGAACAGCCAGAAUAUUUGCUACGACGCUUCAUAGCCCAGACAAAACAACAAAGAUGGACAGACCCAACGCUGACGAUGAGGUCGACCUCCUCAAGCGGUACUCGCAUGAUUCGGAGAGCCUGGAGAGCUCCGAAAUCGACCGGCGCCACUACGCCGCUCAACAGCAGCAUCUGUCGAAAAGUCGACGGCUACAUGUUGUCAGAAUUGGCUUGGAUCUGGUUGUUCUGGCGUGCUUAGGCGUGGCCAUCUACUUCCUGAUCCAGAUUCAGGCCCAGACAGCCCACAGACAUUCCGACUCCGCUGACGGCUCCGUCAUGCACCGGGCGCCAGCUGGAUCGGAUCUCAGCGGGGUGGUGCCGUUGGGCGAGGUAGGCGGAAGGACAAAGUACAAAUCCUGGAUGCCACGCAAAGGCCUAUGGGCAACUCCGCAGGACUUCCAUGAAGCGACGGCGUUAAAUGGGACGCUCGAGGCCUGGAACCGGGUUAUCAAGCCCUUUGUUAAGGCCGAUGACUCCUGGGACCAUCGAGGUCCCGAGAUCCCGCUUAUUUACGACCUAUUUGAGGUGUCCGCAUUCCAUCAGGUCCAUUGUCUGGCCGGCAUUCUGGAGGAUUUCAGUUACAUGGCCAUGGGAAUCCCUCAGGCCAAGCUUCCCAGCGUGACCAGACUGGAACGUCUCGACUGGGCAGACCACAAUGCGCACUGUUUCAAUUAUAUUCUUGAGGCAAUCAUGUGCUUCGCCGACACCACGACUGAGGGAGCGACUCCGGGGAACCCCCCUGCUGUGCACAAGGAGGCGACUCACGUCUGCAAUGACUGGGAUGCUCUGUUCGAAUGGUCCGAGAAGCCAGAGCAUAGAAUGCCUGAGGUUGAUGGGCUCCGGGCUGUGAAUUAAACGGGGAUUCUACGCCAGUUUGAACCUGGAUUUUCUCCUGAUCAAAUCAUCGAGCACCUCGUUUGCAUGGGCGCUAUGGAUUUUGUGUGCAUAUACAUGUCCUCAGCCCUAUGUUUCAUUAAAUAACUGAUGCUUCUAAAGUUGAAGCUGAACCAAUCAAGUAUUAGGUUCCAAAUAGUAGCUUGGCUGCAACCAAGAAGGUUGUGCUUGAAAUAGUUGAGACAUUCGACAAGGGGAAACGCGACCCAACACUUUAGACACGAGAGCUUGUAUCUACUAGCAUCACCGAAGGAAUCAGUCCAUGUUGAAGC